GUCAGAACUGCCAAUCGGACGUACAGAGAGUUUUUAUUUAUUGGCUGGCAUAAUGAAUGAUCACUGCAUCUGGAAUUGAGUCUUUCUUGAGCAUGUGGCAAAGUUAUAAUGUCUUGGCUUCUAAAUUCAACUCUUAAUGGUUCAACAUCUAAUCUUGCGGACUCGUCAGGCCGACCCUAUACCACAUUGUUUUCUGGCCAGUCUGCGGCAGUGCCUGGGUUCCAUCCUUCUGGUGGUCUUCAAGGAUUGCAUAAUAUUCAUGGAAGCUUCAACCUGCCAAAUGUGCCUGGUUUGCUUGCAUCCAGAGAGGCCGCGAUGGGUGUUGUACCAUCAGGUGGUGUUCAACAACCAGGAGGAAGCAUUCCUAGUGGACGGUUCUCAUCAAACAAUCUUUUGGUUGCAUUAUCUCAGAUGCCUCAUGGCUCUGGUGUCACAAAUAGAGGGGGUAUUAAUGCUGUUGGAAAUCAUGCUUUUAGUAGUAGUAAUAUUAAUGGAGUCACUGGGUCAAUAACUGGUAUUUCCUCAAGUUCAGCUUCUAGGAAUCGUAGUUCUGUUCUUGGUUUGGGAGUUUCUCCAGUAUUGGGUAAUGUAGGGCCAAGACUUACAAGCUCUGUAGGCAACAUUGUUGGCAGUGGUAACAUGGGAAGAAGCAUCAGUUCUGGAGGAUUAUCUGUGCCCAGUUUAGCUUCACGGGUAAACUUAGCUACUAUGCACAGAGCAAGAAGGAUAACGUUGGCACUAACUCUAUCUAGCCCCAGUUUCCAGUUUUCAUCUGCCAAGGUGAUUCUUUUCGUUUCCUUUUUAGUUUUUUGUAUGGGGGCAGCCAAGGAUAACGAUGUUUACGAGGAGGAUCUCCUGGACUACGAAGAGGAGGAAGAGAAAGCUCCGGAUUCGAUCGCUGCCAAGGUUUCCGGUGAAGCAGUGAAAAGCUACUAUAGAAAGCUCCGCGACGUCCUCAUCGUCGUCAAUCUUCAUCUGAACCACCAAGCGGAAGAGGUGGAGGGCGAAGUAGGAUUCAUCUCCUCAUCGCAGUUGCUAUAA